AUGACUACUACAGUCAAUCCAACAAACACCUCAAAUUUAAAUGGAGGUGUUGGCAAUACCACCAAAAUGGGUUUUGAUUUCCUACUAAAGACAGCUUCCGCAACAAAUAAUAACAAUAAUAACAAUAGUAACAAUAAUAAUAAUAGCAAUACAAAUACAACAGGUUUCACAACUUAUACAAUACCAAUAUCUACUGCCACGUCAGCAUCUGCACCCAUAUCCAUACCGUUGCCAUCUGCACAGCAACAAUCGUCAACAGCAUCGCUCUAUACAGCGUUGAUGAAUGAAUCUGACGACUUGUCAAGCAGUAGUGAAACAAUCAUCACUUCAUCGUCACACUAUCAGCUACCUUCAAGCAAUGGUAGUAUGACUCACUCUCACUCCCACUCUCACACGGUGGACAAUGGUUUUGAAAUACAAUGGACAUCAAGACCAACUCGAACAAGCAAUUCAGCUCCAUCCUCAUCGAUCUCCACACCAAUCAUCUCGACACCCACUAUCAACUCUAGCAAUAAUGUAUACGAAAUCACAAAACAAUCUCCAAACUCCUUUGUAAAUAACAACCAAACGACAACAACAACACUCUAUGUAAAUAACAAUAGUAACAACAACAUCAACAAUUUAUCUGUAGAUAGUAAUAGUAACAAUAUUCAUGUAAAUAGUCCAUCACAGCAUUCAAAAUUUAUGACACCACCCUCACAACUCUCACCGAUUGUGACACCGAAAACAUCGCUCACUCCUCAGCUUCAGUCGCUGUCGACCAGCGAUGCUAAAUCUCCUCUUCUCAUAAAUCAGCCAUCGAUCAAUCUUUCGGCGAUAUCGAGCAAUAUCGAACUCAAUCAAGCUCUUCCAAGCCCAAGGAAAACAUCUUCACCUGGCACCAGCAAAGAGGAGAAACCACCUAAAAAGAGGAAGCCAAAGAAGACUUACAUCCAGCCACCCAACUACCAAAAAGGUGCUGCAUUACAGUCUUCUCUUGGUCAAACGGCACUCUCAACAUCACCAGGUUCUCCUUCUAUCGCCAUCUCGCACUCAAACUCAUUCACAACCAAUAACAAUCCACUUGUAGUACUAGAUCAUAGCAACGCUAUGAACAUUGACAGUAAUAACAAUAACAAUAAUAAUAGUAACAACUCAUCACACCAAUCUGUGGAUCAAGAAACAGAAGUUUAUGUAAAUUUACUCCUGGGUCUAAAAGAAACUCACUCUCCAAGAUUUAAUUAA